AUGGAUCAUGCUACUAGCAACACAAAUGGGAAGAUUUGGCUCUUUUGGACCAAUGAUAUCUCCUGCAAGGUUUUAGAGGCAGAUGGGCAGCAAGUUACCUGUGAGCUCAGUCAUGUGGAAUCUCCUGACAAUUAUAUCAACACUUUUGUGUAUGCCAAGUGUAAAGACUACCUCAAAAGACCAUUAUGGGACAGGAUGCUACACUUGGCUGAUACUAACAACACAAUUCCUUGGUGCACAGUAGGUGAUUUCAAUGUCAUUACAGAUAUUGAUGAAAAGCUUGGUGGAAUCCCUUACAAUAUGAGAAAAAGGUUGGAAUUCAUUGGAGUGAUUGAAGCUUGUGGACUCAUGGAUUUGGGGUUCAAUGGACCUAAGUUCACUUGGUCUAACCAAAGGGGCAUCAAUUUCAGAAUAUGGAAAAGACUUGAUAGGGCCAUGGUUAAUGAUAGGUGGUUGCAAGACAUGCCUCAAACUAGCAUCACCCAUCUUCCUGCUGUGGGUUCUGAUCAUUGUCCUCUUCUUAUGGAGAUGAGUAUCAGACCUGAAAACCAUAUCAAAUACUUCACAUUUCUCAAUUUUUGGGCAGACCAACCUUCCUUCUUAAGUACUGUGACAGACUGCUGGAACAUGCAAAUAGAAGGAAACCCCAUGUGGAUUUUUCAUCAAAAAAUAAAAAGGGUGGCCUCUACUCUUAGCAUUUGGUCUAGAAUGCAGUUUGGGGAUGUUUUUGCUACAGUCAGAGACUAUGAGGAUAAAGUUAAAGUUGCAGAAGAGAACCUCAUUCAAAAUAACACAGAGGAAAAUAGAACUACACUACAUGAGCUUAAUGCAGAAUACAUUAGAUACAUGAAGUUUGAAGACUCCAUUCUUAGACAAAAGUCACAGCUUCAAUGGUUCAAAGAAGGGGAUGGUAACACCAAAUAUUUACAUGCAUUGAUAAGAGGAAGAAGAAGAAAAUUGUUUAUUCACAAGAUCAUCAACGACAAUGAUGAGUGGAUACAGGGGGAUGAACACAUUGUUGAAGCUGCCUGUAAGCAUUUCCAGAACAUUUUCACUGGAGAAGAGAAGCUCGUAGAUGAAGUUCCUAUGAAUUGCAUCCCAAGAAUGGUCACUCAAGAACAAAAUGAUAGGCUACAGAUACUCCCUACUUGA